AUGCAGGGCUUCAACAUGGGUAGAUACUACCCGCCCUCCACCUCCUCCCCCCCACGCUUCAACACCACGCACCCGCUCGGCGCCCGCGCCGCCAAGCUCUCCCAAGGCAUCCUCACCGUGCGCUUCGAACUGCCCUUCGCCGUCUGGUGCGCGCACUGCAAGCCCGACGCGAUAAUCGGGCAAGGCGUACGCUUCAACGCGCAGAAGAAAAAAGUCGGCUCCUACUACUCGACGCCGAUAUGGAGUUUCCGCAUGAAACACGGUGCGUGCGGGGGCUGGUGGGAGAUCAGGACCGAUCCGAAGGCGGCGGAGUAUGUUGUUGUUGAGGGGGCGCGGAGGAGGGAGUAUGCUGGUGCUGAGAAAGAAGCGCAGGGGGUAGGGGAAGAGAGGUUUUUGAGCGAGGAGGAGAGGCGGAAGAGGAGGGAGGAUGCGUUUGCGAAUUUGGAGGGGAGGGUGGAAGAUAAAGCGCUUGAUCAGGUUGGGAAGGAGAGGGUGGAGGAGUUGUAUGAGAAGAGCGAGGUGUGGCGCGAUCCGUAUGAGGUUAAUGCGCGCCUGAGAAGCGAGUUUCGCGCGAAGAGGAGGGUGUGGAAGAAAGAUGAGAGGCGGAAGGAGGGCAUGCAGGAUAAAUUCAGUCUCGGCAUCGAUAUCGUGGAUGAGUCGGAUGCGGAUCGCAUGCGCGCGGGCCUCGUUGAGUUUGCGCCCGCGGGAUCGAGUAACGAGAAAAGAGACGAUAUGACUUGGAAGCCACUUUUCGCGACACCACAGAAUGAAAUGACUACAGAGUCAACGACUAAGACUAAGAAACUGAAAGCCGACGCUGUUGCGGAGAAGAGUCGCCGGACUUUGCAGGACACACUCGUUAACAACACGCGGGCGGCCGUUGACCCGUUUUUAUCUGCCAGAGAUGGUAGCUCGACCUCAAGACCGACUUUUGGGAUCUUGAAGCGGAAGAGAAGUGUGCAAGCGGAGCCUAACCCGACGGUUUCUGUACCGAGGGCUGCUCUGGAUGUCGAGGGCACGUUGGGAUGUGGAACGAAGACACCCACACUAAGUACUGCGUUGGUGGGAUAUGAUUCUGACUGA